GAGAAAGGCAGGCUGCCAGUCUGGUUAACCAAAAAAUCAACAAGCUUAACAUUUCAAGUGGAAUCUCUCGACAUAAUAUCAACGAAAAGAGGAGAACGAAGAAAUAGCGUGUCGCCAUCAUGGCGCAAGAGAUCGAGACUACAGCAAUAGCUCUGGAGCUUUCUCCCGAAGGAAUGGUGGGCAUGGAUGGGCAGGUUAUUGAGGGUGAAGCAGUGAUGAUCGACGAUGUAGUUGAGCUAACAAUUGAUGGCGGUAUGGUUAUGCAAGAUGGAGUUCAGAUGAUAACCGAAGAAAUGCCUCUUGAAAUGCAACAAAUGGACUAUGGAACACUUCAAAUGACUUCUCAACAAAUACCAAUCGAAAUGCAGUCAAAAAUUAUCAUAAUAGAGAUGAUGGUAUUCUUAGAUGGUCAACUCUUUCAGAUUGUCAAUGGAGAGAACGUUCAAGUUACUGAAGGGCAAAUGUUUCAAUUUGCAGGGAGUCAGGUAUUUAAAAUGCAAGGUGGUUUCAUUCAAACAUGGAGCGGAGAAAUGUCAGGAGACAUGCAAAUCAUUGCUGGUAAUAAUAUACAAAUUAUCGGUGGGAAAGCUUUUCAAACAAUCAAUGGGCAACAGAUAUUAAUUUCAGAUGGAACUCUGUUUAAUUUAAACUCCAGUCAGGUCUAUCAGAUCCGAGGAGGAUUAAUUGAAAUGGUAAUUUUUGAAUCUCAAAGUCAAGUUAUCAACAACGUUUUUAUUGAAUUCAUUGAUGGCCAGGCAUUUCAGUUAAUAAAUGGUCAAAAUAUGCAAAUAUCUGAUGGACAAUUAUUUCAAACUGGAAGUGGUCAAGUGUUUAAAAUUGAAGGUGGUAUAGUCAUGUCAAUAUCUCAAGACGCCAUAACGCAAGAAAUGAUUACACAAGCAGUAGGCGGUGGUGAGAUUCAGAUCAUUAGCGGUCAAUUUUACAAAACACUUGACGGACAAAGCAUUCAGCUAUCAGAUGGAGAACUGUUUAUGCUAGAUGGUUUAGUAUUUCAAAUGCAAAAUGGUGUCAUUGAAAUCCUUUCCCAGGAAAUGUUACAGUCCUUAGGAAUAUCUUUGGGCGGCGGAGGGGGUCAAAUUAUCCAUGAAAUGUCAGUAUCGGAAAUUCCUCUAGAGAGUGGCUCAGGUGAGUCAUUGGAAAUGUCUGUUCAGGAAAUGCCACUGGACGCUACGUCACAAGAGCUCAUUAUCGAAGAGACACCAUUGGAGAUGACAUCAGAGGAACUCGCAAUCGAGGAAAUACCUUUAGAGAUGACGUCCGAAGUAAUGAUUGAAGAAACACCUUUAGACAUGACGUCAGAAGGACUUGUGAUUGAAGAAACACCGUUAGAGAUGACGUCAGAAGAACUAAUAAUGGACGAAACAUCGUUGGAGAUGACGUCAGAAGAGUUGGUCAUUGAAGAGACUCCCCUAGAGAUGGCAUCAGAAGAACUGGUAAUUGAAGAAACACCUCUCGAAAUGACAUCAGAAGAGUUAGUUAUUGAGGAAACACCUCUAGAAAUGACGUCAGAAGAGCUCGUUAUUGAAGAAACUCCUUUAGAGAUGACAUCAGAAGAACUGGUAAUUGAAGAGACUCCCCUAGAGAUGACAUCAGAAGUACUGGUGGUUGAAGAAACACCUCUUGAAAUGACAUCAGAAGAACUGGUAAUUGAAGAAACACCUCUCGAAAUGACAUCAGAAGAGUUAGUUAUUGAGGAAGCUCCCGUAGACAUGACGUCAGAAGAGGUUGUGAUUGAAGAAACACCUCUAGAAAUGACCUCAGAAGAGCUGGUAAUUGAAGAGACUCCCCUAGAGAUGACAUCAGAAGAACUGGUGGUUGAAGAAACACCUCUUGAAAUGACAUCCGAAGAACUGGUAAUUGAAGAAACACCUCUCGAAAUGGCAUCAGAAGAGUUAGUUAUUGAGGAAGCUCCCUUAGACAUGACGUCAGAAGAGGUGGUGAUUGAAGAAACACCUCUAGAAAUGACCUCAGAAGAGCURGUAGUUGAAGAGACUCCCCUAGAGAUGACAUCAGAAGAACUGGUGGUUGAAGAAACGCCUCUUGAAAUGACAUCAGAAGAACUGGUAAUUGAAGAAACACCUCUUGAAAUGACAACAGAGGAUUUGGUUUGUGAGGAAGCUCCCGUAGACAUGACGUCAGAAGAGGUUGUGAUUGAAGAAACACCUCUAGAAAUGACCUCAGAAGAGCUGGUAAUUGAAGAGACUCCCCUAGAGAUGACAUCAGAAGAACUGGUAAUUGAAGAAACGCCUCUUGAAAUGACAACAGAGGAUUUGGUUUGUGAGGAAGCUCCCCUAGAUAUGACAACAGAAGAGAUGGUGAUCGAAGAAACACCUCUAGAUUUGACGUCAGAAGAAGACAAUCCGAUAAAGAAUAAGACAGAAAUUCUACGGGAAUCCAACAAGGAAGAAAUACUUGAAGCUUUAGACGACCAGCUCCCAGAAAAAAGCGASAAAUCUAGUAAGACAAAUGAUAACAAAUUAGAAGUCAAAGAAAUAUCUUCAGAUGUGGAAGAAGAACAGAAAAGUACUUUCUCUCAAGGCAGCUUCACAUCAUGCAAAUGUAAUCAUAGCUGCACAACUACACCAAGAUAUGAAGAAAGUUGUCAUCAUAAAUUUAUGCUUGAGGAAUUCAGAGAAAAAAUAAUUCGAAUUGAAAAGGAAAAAGAAUACUUAGAAGGAAAGUACGAUGAAUUACGCAGAGAGAAACCUCUUAUUGACUCUUAUAGGCACAACAUAGAACAUUCGAGUCAGUUCGCAAGUCAAGCAAACAGUGAAAUGCUAUACACGCCUCGCUCAGAGUGCCAUCAUUGUGAAAGUAUAAAUCACACAUGCAGCAGGAAAGAUAUAACACAUAAUAGUUCAGAUUCUGACUACUAUAAGCUUAAAUGCGACCUUAUCAGGAAAGAAAAAGAAAACUUAGAAUUAGCAUAUCACGGAGAAAAACAACAAAAAGAAGACAUUGAGAGAGAAUAUGAAAAUGAGAGAAACGAGAAACAGUUCAUAGAAAGAAGAUAUGAAACAAUGCUGGAGUCAAUCACAAGAUUUGAAGACACGAUUCGCGAGCUGAGGCAAGAGAAUGAGAACCUACAGACUAACUUGAAUGAGUGGACAAACCUCCACAAAGCGCAGAAMUUUGCAUUGGCCGGUAAAGGCGAUAUGUUGGAUAACGCUUUUUCCGAAGAUUCAUCAUCCGACAUUUUCGAGUAUAAAAGGAGUAUUGAGGUAUUAGAGCGCGAGAACAAAGAGUUUCGAGAAAUUCUUGAGGCAAUGAGUAAAAAAAGUGAAAACCAAGAUAAUCUGAAAGGUAUAGAGCUAGGUCUCGUGAGAGAAAAAGAGUUCCUGGACUUAAAAAGAGAAAGAGCCAAGUUUGAGGAUAUUAUCCGUGAACAAAAACGCACUAUUGGCCACCAACAAGAGAGAAUUGAAGAAAUACGCCGAGAACAUGACGACRAAAUAUGGACCAUCAAAGAGACGAGUAGGAAGAAUGAGCGAAAAUUGAAAGAAAUUCAGAAAUGUCUAGGUGAGAAAGACAGAGAAAUUGAUGACAUGAAACGAGUACAUGUUGAGGAAAUUCAUGUUCUUGAAAUCAAACUCCAGUCAGAAUCCUCAUGUAGAUCACAAUAUCAAACUAAAGUGAAUGAGCUCGAAAUCAAGAUUCAACGAAUAGAGAGCGAAAAACUUCGGCUUAACGAGCGGAUAAAUUCAACUUUUACAAGUCAGUCAUUCAGUGAUGAAUCAUACGGAGAAGAUAUUUCAGGUAUAAGACAAAGGCUUGAAGAUGAACAAAGGUCUAAAGUAAAGCUAGCAAAUGACAUAAAAUAUCUUCUGCAGGAUAUAAUUGAGCUUAAAGACAGAAAUAAAAGGAUGGAAAGCGAUGUCAACAGAGAAAGAAUGGAAAUAAAAAACAUGCUAGAAAAGCAAGCCAAUGAAAUCACGCAGGUUUAUUUAACUCAAAUUACAAAGCUGCAAGGGGCGCUUUCUGAUGAAAUAAGAAGAAGAGAAAUGAUUGAAAAUGGAAUGACAAGGUUUGGUGAGCCAAACUAUCAACAACCUGCUAACAGUUCCGGGAUGCAGCCAGCUAUGCAAGGUAGCAUGAGACCAAACAACAACUUCGACACGAGUCUCAGAGAGGAAAUAAAGAAAAGAGAAGCACUCGAGGUGGAAAACAAGAAUUUGUUGUACGAGAUGAAUAAACUUCUUGGUGGCUUAAGCAUGGAUGAUACGACUGUACACACCUUCCAAGGAUCAGAAAAAGACACAUCGCAAUCUGCUCUAAAAAUGACUUGUGAACAGACUGGACUGCAAAGAAAGAACAAAGAACUGAUGCAUGAACUUGCAGAAAUGAAAGACAGUUUAGAUGACAUGGAAACGCUUGUGAGAAAGAAUAAGAAUUACAAAAAUAAAAUUGAAGAUCUUCAAGACGAAUUAGAUCACGUGACACGUAAGCGUGACGAUCUGGCAACUUCACAUAGAAACAUGAAAAGAGAUGUAGAGCAGCUUUCGAUGACACUAGAAGAUGUUCAACGUAAAAAUAGGCAAUAUACUGACGAGUGUGAUCGCCUUAUCAAGAGAAUUCAAGAACUCGAAGAUAGUUUUAAAUUCGAGAAAAGCAAAAUGGUUCGAAAUCACGAGAUUGAGCUGGAAAAUAUUUUAGCCGAGAGCGAAGAGAAAAAUGAGGAAUUAAAGCGACAGGUUGAUGAACAGUUAAAAAUAAUCGAUCUUUUGAGAGACAAAGCAACUGAGGCAGGAUGUGAAGUUGAGGAUAUAUUAGAAUUAGAUGAAUGGUCCCCGACAAGAAACGAUAACAAAUAUUCCGAUCAAAGAGGAAGCAAAAAUGGAAAACGAAGUUUGUCAAAAGGAGAUCCGUACAUUUCGUCUCUCAAAAAGCAAGUGGAAAAGCUAGAAAAUAAACUGAAAGCUUCCAAUAAAAGACGUGACGAGGAAAUUAAAGAAGUAGAAAAAAGGAAAAACGACAUGAAAGCGGAAUUCGAGAAAGAAAAGCAAGCGCUCAGACAAUAUUUCAACCAGGAAAAGAUACUACUUGAAAGACGUUUUCAACAUGCACCUGCGGAGAACGGAAUAUUUCCACAGGCAGCGGAGGCAUUAAAUGCGUUACCUGGUAACGAAUAUUACAGCACUGGGACGUCGAACCAAAUCGCACCGGAAGAGGCACUGGUUACCGCUCAAGAAGCAAGUUAUGCAUUGGAAUCAGUUCCGUCACCAAGUCUCGGCUUUACGACUGCUCAAGUGGGAGUGCAGGGCUUGCUACCAGGUGAUAGAGCCAAUGUUCAGGGAUAUGCUAACCAACAAAGCAGUUACAAUACUACUGCGCAAUCGCCAGGUCAACAGAACCCUAGAAGCCAAAUGAAUGAUGGAAAACCCAAAAUAAACGGCAUGUCAGGUAUAGGAUUUGAUCCUCAACAAGGUAUAGGAAAUAGCAUGCAUGGACCAAAAAAUGACUUUGAAAAGCAAAUUCGAGACGUCGAGGAAAGAUUUGCGCAAGAUAAGCAAGACAUACUACAGAAAUCAGCCGAAGAGAAGCGAAAAUUGCAACAAGACCUUUAUAAACAAAAAGGACAACAAGAGAAUGAAGCAAGAAGUCUAUACAAUGAAAUCAGUCUCCAGAGUCCACACCAAUCAUCAAACUAUUCUCAAAGCCCAAGGCCAAGAACAAGCACAGACCAACCCUCCUCUCAAAGGAUUCAGCAGCAAUUACACAAAGCUCAAAGUGAUAUCCAAAAACUUCAAAAGCACAUGCAAAAGCAGAGACGUGAUUAUGAAGACCAGAUUAAGAAGCUGACAAAGGAAAAACAAGAAGUUGUCCAAUCCGUUCAACACAUGAAUAAAGAGAUUUCUGUCUUGAAUAGUGAAAGGAGAAAUAUAAGGUGCUCUACAAAGAGUGAGAUUGAAAAAGUAGAACGAAUGCACGAGAUUGAGAAGACAGAAUUAAGAGAAAAUCACGAGCGCAAUAAAAGAGAUGAAGUCACUAGGAUAAGGGCAGAAUACGAUGACCGAAUGACAAAAGAAAGAAAGCGUCUGCAAAGCACGACAGAUGAGCUUCGACAAAAGAUAUCUGUAAUGGAAACAAAAUUACGUGAAGUCGAAGUCUUGCUCCAAAAUGAAAGGCAUAAAUUUGAAAGAGAUCGAGUUGAAAGCCAGAAAACAAUUUCUCGCGCAAAAGAAGAAUAUAAAGUACUUCUUGAAACUGAAUACAAAAAGAGACUGUCAUAUGAGAAACAAAAGUUUGAAAAAACUCUCAAAGACCUAAGGACGCAGAUUUCUUCACUUCAGGAGCAAAGAAGGCAGAUACAACAAAAGCUUUCAAGCAAAGACAGCGCAAAUUCCGAAAGAAUUACUCGUGAAAGAAUGAUACUUCAAAUAGAACAAGAUUUCUUAGAAAAAAUGGAAAAAGAAAAGAAGCCUUUAGAGGAAAAGAUCAGUGACUUAAGAGAAGAGCUUUCCAAGAUGAAGCGUGAAAAGAAUGCGAUUAAAACAUCAAUGGAGAAAGAAAAGGAAGACCUACAAGAGGAAGUGGAACGCGUUAAGGAUAGCAUGAAAGAUAAGUUACAAAAAGCAAAGAAUGAGAUGGAAAGAAGGAGUGACAUGAUGAGCCGCAGCGUAGUGACAAACAGAAACAUGGCAAUGUUUGCUGAUAUUGAAACUCAAAACCAAGCGCAGUCAAACCUAAAACAUUACCAGGAGCAAGUCAACAUACUGGAGCAAAGGAACAUGAAUCUAAAUUCAAAGAACGAGAGAUUAGAAAGGGAAGUUAGAGUGCUCAAAGGAAGGGUGACCAGCUUGGAAUCCAGAAAUAGGGAUCUUACAGCCAAUGCAACCGCGGCAUACACUUACGAAACGUCUCCUAGAAAUAGAACUCUUAAGAUAGACCUCAGUUCCAUUGGAAACUCGAGCACCAACUUUGGUAGUUCAGCAUACAGCAGACAAGCUCAAAUGCCUGAUUCUUCCCUAAUGCAAGGCGGAGAGGCUUACAAUAAUAUAUUUGAGCGUGUGCGACAAACAAUGAAUACAGCAGGAAAUAUCGGACCACAACAUCGUUUUGCCAUGCCGAGUUCUUACAGUGGUGCACGAGGACUCUCUGGUUCAGUUGGCCUUUCUGGUGUAAGUGGGUUUUCCAGCAACCUGGGACAAGUGAUUCCAAACGGUGGUAUGCCAAUAGGAUAUGGCUACACUGGUCUUGCGGCAGGUACCUCCAGCUUUGAUGGUAUGUUGAGUACCCACACAAACAGGAUCGGGGCGUCAGGUAUGAGUAUGAUGGCUGAUGCUUCUGGGGUGUCUGGUACACGGAUGAUGCCACAGGGUACUAAUUCAAUUUCGCAUGCACCUAUGGCAUCCGGUAAUCACAUACCCGAUGGUAACAGGGUGCCUAAUACUGCUAUGAUGCCCGAUAUUCACAAUGAUUCCAGCUUACCUUUGGCUGGUGGAUUUCAAGGUAAUGGCGCAAGCGGAUAUGAGGGUUCAUCAGGUAUAAACGGAGGUCAAUCGAACUCUAAUAUCGGAGUUUCAGGAAGUGCAGACCAGGCUGGCACUAGUAAGAAGCACGAUUUGGAAAACGGGAGUGGAAAUAUUUAUCCAACAAGUCAGGACAUGGAGGAUAAUGACACUUUGAACGAUAUUGAAAACACCAACGUAGAUGAACAUGUUGAAGUUUCAAGCGAGUUUGAAGAGCAAUUUGAUUUGUUAACAUCAACAACACCCACAAACAUGGAAUCUAAGUCACUAUCACAUGAUGCGCAAGGACAAAAAACAGCAAUAGAAAGCCUAGUAGGCCCGGACAUUCAAGAAACUAAAGUUCUCGUUUCCCCGGAUGAACAACUGCGUGUUUCUGUAACUGAAACACAAAUAGCUCCAGACCAGCAACAAUUACAUGGUAUGAGCUCAGCCUCAAUUCCACCUGAUAAGCAUUUCUGGGUUAUGUCAGUCCCUCAACAGCAAAUAGACAUGACGUCAGUACAAUAUUCCCGGCAACCAACGAUGACGUCAUAUUUAUUUUCUGACCAGCAACAACCAAUGAUGAUGAGAACGCAACUACCCGCUGACCAGCAAGAACCAAUGAUAAUGAGUUCAAUCAAGCUACCCGCUGAUCAGCAACAAUCAAAGGUGAUGAACAUAACACAGCUACCACCUGAACAGCAAAAGUCAAUGGUGAUGAGAUCAAUGCCACUGCCAGUUGACCAGCAACAAUCAAUAAUGAGUUCUAAACAGAUACCCCUUGACCAGCAAAAGUCAAUGGCGAUAAGAUCAAUGCCACUGCCAGCUGACCAGAAACAAUCACUGGUGAUGACAAAACAGCUACCCACUGGGGAGCAACAAUCAAUGAGGGCGAGAUCAGUACAGCUAUCAGGUGAUCAGCAUCAAUCAAUGGUGAUGAAGUCAAUGCAGAUACCAGCUGACCAGCAACAAGCAAUAGGGAUAAGCUCAACAGAACCAGCCGCUGACCAGCAAAAUUCAAUGGUGAUGAGAUUAACGCAACUUCCAGUUGACCAACAACAAGCAAUGGUGAUGACAACAGCACAUUUACCCACUGACCAGCAAGAAUCAAUGGCGACGAAAUCAGGACAGCUACCAACUGACCAGCAGCAAGCAUUGGUGAUGAGAUCAAUGCAACUACAAGCUGACCAGCMAAAAUCGACAAUGAUGGGAUCAACACAGCUACCUGUUGACCAGCAACAAUUAAUGAUGAUGACAUCAAUGCAAUUAUCAGCUGACCAGCAGCAAUCUAUAGUGAUAAGUUCAGAAAACCUACCUGCUGACCAGCAACAAUCAACACAGCUAUUCGCUGAACAUCAGCAGUCGAUGACGAACAAAGGAUUACCAAUAACAGCUAAAAGUCAACAAUCGUCAAUGAAGACAACACRGAUACCUGAUGAGAUGUCACAAUCCGAUAUUUACCAACAACAACUGGGUACUAUGCCAACACACCUUGCAGCCAAACAGCAACAACAGUUGAUGGAAACAACAUUAAAAAAAUCAUCUGACCAGCUCCAGAAAGCCAUGUUGACACCAGACCCUCCUCCUCAAUUGCAACAGUCACUUUAUCUUACUGAAACACAGCUGAGUUACCAAGAGUCUAUUAAUAUGACAGUGACGAAUACACUUGAUGACUCAGUCAGUAUAACAACAACUCCGUUACAUGAUGACAAGACAGCAUCCAUAACAACAAGUCCCUUGACCAUUGACCAACAGACAGUCACAAUGACGACAAUUUCUCCAUCAGCUAAUGAGACAGCAACAGCCUCCCUUCAUUCUGAAGAGUCAAUCUCCAUAACAACAAUCCAUUUGGCUCAAAAAGAAGAGUCAAUUACCAUAACAACAAUGCCGCUUCCAUCUGAAGAAACAAUCUCAAUAACGACAAUGCCUUUGACUCAGGAAGAAGAGUCAAUUACCAUGACAACAAUGCCUAUUCCAUAUGAAGAAACAAUCUCCAUAACGACAAUGCCUUUGACUCAGGAAGAAGAGUCAAUUACCAUGACAACAAUGCCUCUUCCAUCUGAAGAAUCAAUCUCCAUAACGACAAAGCCUUUAUCUGAGGAAGAACAGUCAAUUACCAUGACAACAAUGCCUCUUCAACCUGAACAGUCAAUCUCCAUAAUGACAAUGUUACCAGAUGAACAGUCAAUCAUCAUUACCGAAACUCCUGUGACUAUUGAAGAAGAGCAAACGCUUGAGAUUAGUACAACUGAAAUACCACUGGGCGAGAUAUCAGAUAUCGAGCAGCAAAGCCUUGAAAUCAUCAGCAUGCCGUUACCCGUAGUAACUUCUACCGGUACACAGACAGACCUUCCCCUUUCCAGUGAGCAGCCUUUCUCGCUUGCUGAUAUAGCAAAUCUAAAAGAGCAAGUAUCCAACUUAAAAGCAGAAAUAUUAGUGGAAAACCAGGAAAAAAGCAGCAUAAUGGAGAUGUAUAAAGCUGCGGUAACAGAAUAUGAGAUAUCCAGUACAAAGAGCAAGCAAGAAUACGAGGUAAAAUUAGCAGAAAUGAGGAUAAAAAUCGAACAUUCCGAAAAAAGGUACCAUGAGAUUAUACAAGAAUUUGAGAUUUUCCGCCUAAAACAAUCGUCUUCAGAAAAGUCCAACGAUAAAACCUUAAUACAGUUAAGGACGGAUAUGGAGAAAAACUUUUCCAACGAAAAGGCAAAAAUGGAAUUAAGAUUUUCAAGUGAGCAGAAAUCAUUAAUUGAAGAAUACGAAGAAAGACUCCGUAGGUCAAGAACAGAAAACAAAGAGCUACUGAAUACUUAUACUUCAGCAGUGACAGACUAUGAACUUAAAAUCAAAAAUAUCCAACAAGACUACGAAAUCAAACUCGAGACUCUGAGUGCAAAAAAUAGCAAAUUGGAACACAGAUUUAGAGAAAUACAGGAGGAAAACAGAAAAAUAAGAUCUAAUCUCUCUGAUGCCAAAAUUGCAUAUGAAAGAGACCUAUCGGAACUUAAGAAAGACAUCCAAACAAAAUCUAAAAAAGAAAAUGAAAUAAUGGAAGCAGAAUUUGAAAAAGAGAAAGAUAAGAUAAUCGAAAAGAACAAAAUAAACAUUGCAUACUAUGAGGAAACUAUCGUGAAACAAGAGGAAAUGUGGAUGGAAAAGAUAGCAAAAAUGACCAAGGAAAGGAAUAGUCUCCAAGAGGAUUGCGCAAGACAUAUUCAAGAAUUAGCGAUGCUUCAAAACAAAGUAAUUUCUCUUGAAAAGYGGCAUGAAWUUARUAUAAAGGAGCUCAAAGAAGAAAUGGAGGAAUCUUAUGAGCGAGGCGAGGACAAACUGGAAAUGGGUUUUAAAAGAGAGAGAGCCAACCUUCUAGAAAAGUAUCAAGAAAAGGUUAAGGAAUAUGAAGUGAAAAUGACAGCCAUGCAACAAGAAUACGAAGUGAAAAUUUCCCAGCUUACUUUAGAGAAAGAAAGGACGAACCAAGAACUAGCCAAUGAAGCUGAAGACUGGAAAACCAAAUAUUCUAAAUCCAGAUUUGAUUAUGAAAGCAGAAUUAUAGACUUAGAGUCUAAGAUGACAGACCUGGAGAGUAAGAACAAAGCUACAGUAAUUGAUUAUGAAACACAACUCUCAAAUUGUAAGAAUGAGCAUGAAUCAUGCACAAGUGCGCUUAGAGCAGAUAUCAAUGAGUUGCAACAGAAAGACACAGAAAACAACGAAGAGAUUUCAAAUCUUAAAGAGAGAAUGACAGAUGACAAAGAAAAUCAUAAAAUGAUAGUUGAGCAAUUGAAUUCGGAAAACAAGAACGAGGUAGAAAGGCUUCGAACAACUUUCAUCCAAGAGAAAAAGAAUAUGCAAAGUGGACAUGAAGAUAAAAUCAACACCUACGAAAACAGACUGGCAGCAAAGCAGCAAGAGCUAGAUGAAGUGCAAUACAAAUAUGAACGAGAACUUCACGAGCAUAAAAAAGAGCUUUUAGAAUCAGAAAUGCAAGUAAGACUUUUAGAGACCAAGUCUACAGAGGCAGAAAAACRUUAUCAAAGGUUAUUAAAUAAAUCAAAGGAUAAUCUGACAAGCGCAUUUGAAAACAAAGAAGAUAAGCUUGAGGCUUAUUUUGAACAUGAAAGGAAAGAAAUAGAAAAGAUGCACGAGAAAGAACUCAAAGGGAAAGACGAUGAAAAUAAGAAGCUAGUGAAGUAUUAUGAAAAGAAACUACAUCAGAUGACAGAAGAGUGGGAAGAAAAGUCACGAAAGAAAGAAAAAGAGAAAAACAACAUCAAAAACCUUGUAAAUGAAAUGACUGAUAAUCACAAGCGGGAAAUUGAAAUCAUUUUAGAGAAACACAGACAGAAAGCCGAAGAAUGGGACCAGAAGAUAAAAGACAUAGAAAAACAAAAAAGCGUCAUAGAACAUCAAUUUUUAAAAGAAAAGGAUGAAUUGAAUGAAUUAAAUGUGAAAGUUGUGCAUCAAUUCGAACAUGAGAUUUCAAGAAUCACUCAAAACUACGAGGGAAAAAUAAGAGACUUAGAAAAAGAGCAAGAAGAAAAUGACGAGAAAGGCAAAAAGAAGAUUAAGAACAUUCGACAAGAAUUGAGCGAUGCUGAAGAAAGGUUUGAAGCUGAGAUCAAACGUUUUAAAAACGAAUUCAAAGAAAGAUACUAUCGUGAAAAAGAAGACAUGGAAGAAAGUUUUGCAAAGGAGAGACAAAGGACAAGCGAAGCACGUCAGCAAGAAGCACAUGAAUACGACAAAAGAUUGAAAAAUCUUAAAAUUGAUUCCGACGCAGAAAUAGCACGUUUAUAUGAAGAAAAUAAGAAACUAAAAAAAAGUGUGAAAGAGCUGGAAAAAGAAAUGGUAGAAAAUCGUGAUCAGAUAGAGAAAAGAUGGGAAAAGGACAUGGACGAGGCAACUGCAUUAAUACGGCAAGAAAAUGACAGGAAGAUUACUCAAAUGAGGGAACAAUUUGCAAAAGAAAAGACAAAAUACAAGAACGAGUAUGAAGAAACUCUUAAGUCAUCUGAAAGCAAUCUUCAAGAAAUGGCUGAUAGUUACGAAGAAAAACAGGAAGACGCAGAGGAAGAAAUCGACGAUCUUCAAAUCUCUUUUAACAAAGAACUAAAAGAAAGAAAACGAGUGGAGAAGGAGCUAAUAGAACAACGGAACGAGGUAGUUAAACUUAGAGAAACAUUUAGGAUACUUGAAAUGGAUUAUACCAAACGCCUCGAGGAAAUGAGCCGUUUUUUGAAGAAAGAAAUUGAAAUCAUAAAGAUGGCUUAUGAAGCAGAAAAGGCACAGUUUAUGAAAUUUUUAGAUGAUGAAAGAAAUCGACAUCAAGAGACACGGAAACAUUCUCAAACACUUAUCAUUAAAAAUGAAGAGCUUGAAAUGAAAAUUAGAUCAGGAAAAAUGGAGAAUGGGCAUGAAUUCAAGUUAAUACAAAGUGAUCUUUUGAGCGCAAGAAAGGUCAACGACGACUUACAGCGAGAAAGAGAGCUUCUGAAAAGGGAUAUUCGMGAUUUGAGAACACGACUCGAAGCAUCUAGGAAGGAGAUCGAGUCUUUAAUGUCAAAAAUUAAGACCUCAGAAAAUAAAAGGAACAAAGUAUUGGACCUUGAGAUGGAAAACUCCAAGUUGCUAGAMGAAAUAAGCUCCUUGUACUCAGAAAAGGAGGACUUCAUAAACAAACAAAAACACGAGGAAAAGGGACAUCAAAAAGCAAUGAAACGGCACGAAGAACAUUUUUUUGAGUCCAAGAAGAGCUAUGCAACUUCAAUGCAUGAUAUAGAAUGUCGAUACAAAAUUGAAUUUGAGUUAUUAGCCGAACAUGCCGAAAAACAAGGCAGAGAUCUGGAGCGAAUACAAAGUGAAAACGUACAGAUGCUGAAAGAAUUACAUGAGCUUCGCAACGAAAAACGUCAAGGUCUUCAGGAAGAUGUACUAAGGCUUACGAACGAGUUGUGUGAGAUUCAAAAGAAACAUGUGAACUGCAAUAAAAUGAAAGAUGAAAUGUCUCAACAAGAGAKAAAACUAGGAGAAAUGAGCAAAGAAAUUGAAAAAAACAAAAAAGAGUUUUUCAAACUUCAGCGAGAACAUCAAAGAUGUGACCUGACCAAAUCUGCUCUAGUAAAACAGAUCGAGUGUACAUACACAACAGAAAGAGAUAAAGAAAAUGCCAAGACAAAAGAGACGAUUAGGAAGCUGGAGGCUGAGAUUUCAAAACUACGAAAAGAAAAAGAUUCUUAUGAAAGAAAAAUCACUGAUAUUCAAAGACACUCUGAGCAUCAGUGUGAAUUAGAAAACACUAAGACCAUGAAAGAACAGAUUGAAAAGCUGACCAAACACUACGAAGACGAUAAGAGAGAAAUCGAGCGACUUCACGUGGAAGACAAGAACAAUGUCAGCAUGGGGUGGGCACAAAAACAUGAAGAAGAGAAGGAACGGUGGGAAAAUAGUCUCAAGAAAUCUCAAAAGCAAAUAGAAUUGUUGAAGAGAGGGAAACAUGAAGCUGAGAACAAGAAAAAAGAGCUAGAAGAGAAAAUGAAUGUCACUGAAGAAAAAUUUCAACAAAGGCUAGCAGAAACAAAAUCAACUUUGUCAUCUGAAUUUGAAAUGCGCCUCGAAGCAUCGAGGAAGGAAAACGAAAUGGAAUAUUACUUGCUGUUGACUGAUCAAAGAAAGCAAAUGGAUGAACAAAUCAAUAUUUACAAAGUAGAGAUAGAAAAACAAAAAGAAUCCAAAACAUUUAAUAAACUUUUGAAAGAAUCAACAUUGAGAGAGGCACAUCUUAAAGAACAGAUAUACAAACUUCAAGAAAAAGAAAAAAGCGCCCAAUUCAACAUACUGGAACUUGAGCGGCAACUAAGGACUCAGAAAGUAACAUUUGAGAAUAAAUUCGAGCAUAUGAUCGAGGACUACAAAAGAGAUUACGAGGAAAUGAGAAGAAAGCUAGAGCAUGAAAAGGAAAUGGUUGUGAUAAGCCGUGACGCUCUUCAAAAAGAACUCGAUAGAACGAAAAAUAAACUAGUCUUGUUAGAAACACAAAGAGAAGAAAAUAGYCUUAGAGGCACUGGACAAUCAGAUGACCAUGAUCAAGAUCGUACAAAGCGAAAUCUAGAUCAAUCUGAACUAGAGAUGAAAUACAAAGAACAGCUUUUGUCCGAGCGGAAAACAUACGAAACAAACCUAUCAAGCUAUAGAAGCGAGAUUUCAAAGCUAACUCAGAGCAAAGAACAAAUGGAAAUAGAAUACAAAGAACUGUCACUAUCUUGUAAAAACCUACAAAAGAUAAUAGCGACGCUAAGAAGUGAUAUAGAGCGAAAUCAUGAAAUUGRUUCAGGGCAUGAUUAUAGUGAGAAUUUGUCUUGUGGGUGUGCCCAUUACGUCUAUCCCGAGCAAGGAAAGCAGGACGAUGCUGCGGAGUACAGAGAUAAAUCACGAACACAGGUCGUACAUGUACGUAAAGGGAAAGAUGGAAAUAYAGCACAUGACAAAUUUGAACGAAGCAAUAAAGAUUUUGAAGAAGAUGGCAACAAAGAUUCAACACAUGAAUACUGUGCGGCUAUGAAAAAAAAAGAUGACACAGAAUACAGCGACACGCGCGGUAAAAUGCAUAUGUURCACAGUGCGUACUCCAAAGACGAGCUCAAAAAAUCUGAUGACAUCAACAUGCAAUCAGGUAUAUAUGCAUACAGCACUCAUGAGGGACGUGGAGAUAUGAAGGGUGUACACAAAGGACGGUAUCACACGAGCAGAGAAAUCGUAGAUGAUAUCAUCAUGACAAAUAAUUCAGACGACAAGUCAAGUGGCGCCUAUAAGCUGGCACAUGGAGAAGAUGACAAUGCUCCGUACUUCGAGUAUCAGUCAAUACUAUAUCACGCGCGUCCAAUGCACACGYAUGGCGCGCAUGAAGAUUUUCAUCAACAACAUUCACCACAGUACCUCACUUACCUCGCUCACGAAGAAAGCGAAAAGGACGUUACGUACGAUGAUUCUGAAGCCAAUCUAUCAAAUGAAUAUCAAGUAGAAACGGAGCAAUAUGACCAUCAAUUAAUUUCCAGUCAAGACGAGAUGACAUACUCAUCAGCAAGAUUACAGGGUGAUUUGACAAACAGAGAUAAUGCUGGAGCUAUUUUUCAUCGGCCUAAUAGAACAGAUAAAAAUAAGGAUAAAAAUAAAGACAUAGAGGAGCAAUUGAAAGAAAUGGAUCAACAAUUAAAUACUCUUGACGACAAAGCUAGGCAUCUUGUGCAGUUGGAUGUGCAGAUUAACGAAGGAAGAGGGUUUACGUCAGGAAGAAGGAUUCAAAGGACGUCUUAUCAAUACACUUCAAGAUACAGAAGUACGACAAAUAUUUGAGCAGGACUUGACCAACCAAGUUAAAAAGAAAGCACAGUACUCGACAUUGUCGAGUAUUGACCUUCUCAAUUUAUUUGUAAGGCAAUAAGUAAAAUA